AUGAAGGUCACGCUCACUGCAUUCACUUUCUUCUUCACCUUGGCCCUCUGCCAAAAGUCCACGUUCCUCUGCAGGGACGUGAGCAACAAGGUGAUUGAGGACGGCGGCAUCUGUUCCGGCUCCGGAGGCAAGCCUCUUGGCAAAGGCAUUUGCUGUAUUGCAAAGUCGGAUGCUCUUGCCAGGAGCAAGUUUGAUAUUGCGUGCGACGAUAAGUUGGGUACGACGCAGGAUACUGGUGAGGCUUGCGAGGCGUGA